AUGGAAGGACUGGAGAAGCGUGGCCUGAUGGGACCGGACGAGGAGGCUAUGUGCACGUCAGCCUCUGACGGCCUGGAGGAGGGCGAGGUCGAGGGCGAGACUCUGCUCAUCGUGGAAUCGGAGGACCAGGCGUCCGUGGACCUCUCGCACGACCAGAGUGGCGACUCGCUGACCAGCGACCCAGGCGAGGACACCGAGGGGACCUGGAACGAGGACACAGCCUUCUACUGCGAAAAGUGCCGCAAGUGGAUCCCCGCCGCCCAGCUUAAUGGAGAGCAGCCCAGCUACCUGAAAGGAGACAACUUCUUUAAAUUCGUCUGCUCAGACUGUUCUGAUGAGGGCAAGGAGAGCUUUGAAAGGAUGCGCCUCACAUGGCAGCAGGUGGUGAUGCUCGCUAUGUAUAACCUGUCUUUGGAGGGGACGGGCCGGCAAGGCUACUUCCGCUGGAAGGAGGAUAUCUGCGCUUUCAUCAGCCGACACUGGACGUUUCUACUUGGCAGCAGGAAGAAGACAUCCACAUGGUGGAGCACAGUUGCAGGUUGUUUGUCAGUUGGCAGCCCGACAUUCUUCCGGUCGGGAGCGCAGGAGUUCGGCGAGCCUGGCUGGUGGAAGCUGGUCCAAAACCGACCUCCGACCCUCAGACCAGAGGGCGACAAGGUGUCCAGUUCAUCCCUCAAGACCAAAGCCAUUUCGAAGCCACCACCAGACCCCACUAUUACAGUUGAGGGGCUCCGGAAGCGCGGAGGACGCAGCGCAGUGGAGAGCGCCAUGCGGCUGAAAGAGAAACGCUCGCGCACGCAGGAGGCCAAGGAGAUCCGGCGUGCUCAAAGAGAGGCUGCCUCGUCAGUGCCGAUCAGGCCCACCGGACGCUCUUUCACACUGGAGAGGGGCGAGGUGGUGGACUUCGCCUCCCUCAGCUCGUCGGACCGAACAUCGCCGUCACCAUCACCCUCGCCCGAUUUCUCUGCUCCUGGUACCCCUGCCUCACACUCCGCAACACCCAGCCUGCUUUCGGAAGCAGACCUUGUCCCAGACGCCAUGCCCCCUCAGGCCCUCUUUCAUGAUGACGAAGAGCUGGAUGCCGACAGCGCGAUCGACCCGGGAAUCGAGUACCAACCCCCACCGCGGGGCACAACAGGCGUGAUUUUUGCACGCAAAAAGCAAGAGCUCAUCAAGCAGGAGCCGGAAAGCGAGGACGACGCAGAGGACGCCAGAGACGAAGGCAGGAAAGAGAAAAGCGAGCGCAGGAGGGACAAAUGUGAAGUGGGACCUUUGCCCGCCCGAUACGCACCCCUCAGUUUAUACGAGGAGCGUAUGCUGCUGCGCAGGCUGGAGUCAUGUCCCCAAGCACUGGCUGUAACAUCGCAGGCCAAUCGGCUGCGACGCAAACUCUUGGUGAGGCAGGCUAAGCGCGAGCGAGGGCUCCCCCUGCUGGACGUUGACCAGGCAGUCAGCGCCACUCUCACUCUGGUUGGUGGUGUGUACGGAGCUCAGGUGUCCACGGUCCACGAAAUGGGCAAGUACAGGAUGAACAGCCAGGAUCUGCGCAUCCUCGACCGCUUUCAGGUUCCGUCAUCCGGCAGGAAGGGUUUUUACCAGUCUAACGUCUCCUUCUGGCACAGAUUAAUGGGCUCCGAUGCCUGCAUGGACCAAGAAAUAAAGAGCCCCUACACAUCUAGAACUCUCAAGCCUUACAUAAGGAGAGACUACGAGACAAGGCCGCCGAAGAUGAGCCUUCUAGCCGAGAUUCGCGCUCACCCACACAGGAACGACCCGUCCUGGGUUCCAGAGCCCGAAUCGCCCAUAGACUACUGCUACGUCCGACCGAACCACAUCCCCUCCGUCAACUCCAUGUGUCACGAUAUGUUCUGGCCCGGAGUGGACCUUUCAGAGUGCCUGCAGUACCCAGACUUCAGCGUUGUCGUGCUCUAUAAGAAAGUGGUCAUCGGCUUCGGCUUUAUGGUCCCGGACGUCAAGUAUAACGAAGCCUACAUUUCCUUUCUGUUGGUGCAUCCUGAGUGGAGGAGAGCAGGGAUCGCCACCUUCAUGAUUUACCAUCUCAUUCAGACGUGCAUGGGAAAGGACGUCACGCUUCACGUUUCCGCCAGCAACCCGGCCAUGCUGCUCUACCAGAAGUUUGGUUUUAAAGCGGAGGAAUACAUACUGGAUUUCUACGAUAAAUAUUACCCGGUGGACAGUAAAGAGUGCCGUCACGCGUUCUUCCUGCGGCUGAGACGUUAAACUGCACUUGCCUGUGUGUGUAUAUGUAUAUAGGUACAUACAUACACAAUCAAGGUUCAGGUAGACAAAAGAUUGUAGACGUGUGUAAAAGUGUACAUGUUCAAAUGUAUUCACAGCCACAAGUUUUCCACAGUUAGAAAUGUAUAUAUAUUUUUGGGGGCACAAAAUAAAUUCCUGCUGAUGGCAGGGAAUUUUCCAUCACAGACCAAUCAGA